AUGGCAUCAUUUGAGGCGACCAUUAGCCUGAAUAACUCUCGGGCAGCGUUCAUCGAACGCGUUUACAAGGAGCUGCUCACAGAAGAGGCGAAAAGCCUCACAAUCUCCAAUCUCCAGGGUAAACUCGAGAUCCUGGAGACCUACUGGGAAAAAUUCGAGAGCACUCAUGAGAAGCUCAUCGCUGGCAGCGGCAAGAUCGAAGGGGUCCUUGAAUUGCCGUACUUCAAGGAUAAUCGGUUCGACAUUACUAUCGGGCAUUAUCAUGAGGCAAGGGGUAUUUUAAGUCAGCUCAUUGAUAAAAGGGGGAGCUCAGGUUCAUCUCGUCGGUCUCUUGCGUCUGGGACGGCUCAGCCCACAUACUCCAAGCGUUAUCUCCCUGAGAUUUCUCUGCCCAAGUUCGGAGGGGCCUAUGCGGACUGGCGCUCGUUCCGCGAUCUUUUCGCGUCUCUGGUCGGCUCGAAUACGGAUCUAUCCAACGUGGAGAAGAUGCAUUAUCUUCGUACUAGUCUCUCAGGGGAGCCAGCUCAACGCAUCGCGAAUCUUACGAUCUCGGAUGAGUCAUUCUCGAUUGCAUGGGAACUGCUCUUGUCUCGCUACGAGAAUAAGCGACUGCUCAUUUCAGCUCAUUUGGAACAGCUCCUCAGUCCCCCAACCAUGACUUCUCACAGUGCCAAAGAGCUCAAUGCCCUACUCACUGUCAUCUCUGAGGCACUUAACGCUCUGGAGGCUCUUGGCUCUCCAACCUCCCAGUGGGACCAGGUGAUCGUACAUACGGUCUCGCAACAGCUCAGCUCAAAGCUUCGUGAAGUCUGGGAGGUCAAGGUCGGCNUCGGUUCAUUGGCGGAGUAUCCUUCAUACAAGGACUUCAAGGAUUUCCUCACUGGGAGAGCUCGCGCGAUGGAGAGCAUCGAGAUUAACUCGGCUCCUCGUGCUCCUGCCACAAAGCCCUCCAAUGUCAGCUCAUCCAAGCAGUCGACCGCUGCGAAGGUUCACCACGGCACCGCUCAACCACCACAAAAAUCGAGGCCAGCUCUCAAGUCCGCUCCAUCGGGGAAGGUCACGUACCCGUGCUCGAUGUGUGAGGCAGAUCAUUACCUCACAUCCUGCUCAUCCUUCUGUCAGCUUUCGGUAUCAGCUCGUAGGGAGGUAGUAGAGCGUCGCUACCUCUGCUACAAUUGCCUUGGUCGGCACUCGGUGAGGGACUGCAGGUCCAAGACCAAGUGCCAGUAUUGCGGAGGCCUCCACCACUCGAUACUCCACAACCAGCCAUCGAGUCAGCCUCAACGUCCAGCUCAGCAGAGGCAACAGACCAACUCAACCCAGCAAAAGGCCGUUCCGGUGGUGACCUACACCCACGAAAACGACAUCCCCAAGGUGGUGACUGACUUCCGCCCUGGGGUCCUUCUGGCUACCAGCCUUGCGCUUUUGGUACGCCCAGAUCAGCCAGCUCAUCAGGUUUGUCUACUCAUCGAUCCAGGGUUGGAAAUCUCCGUCAUAUCAGACCAGCUCGUUCAUCAGCUUGGGCUGUUAAGGCUCAAGACACAGCUACGAAUAUCGGGGAUUGGAGACACGGCAUCUGGGCCGGCAUUAGGCAAGGUUCGGCUCACAAUACAGUCCACUUGCUCUCACUUUCAGCUCAGAGUUUCUGCCUAUGCUCUCGGCCAGCUCACAACCUCAUUACCGACAUUCUCACCAAGUCAGCUCACAUGGGAUCAUCUGGAAGGACUCCAGCUCGCUGAUCCCGAUUUUCUCACACCAGCACCAAUUGACAUCCUUCUUGGCGCUGAUGUCUAUGGACAGCUCAUCUUACCACAAGUCAUCACCAAUGGACCAAACUCACCAUCGGCUCAGCUCACGCGACUUAGAUGGAUCGUAUUCGGACCAACGGAAGGUCCUGAUACUACUCAAGUAGCAACUUCUCAUCUAACGGUCACCAACGAGGAUCUCAAUGAACUGCUCACCAAAUUCUGGAUCCAGAAAGAGAUUCCUGGGACACCAGAGGUUCAGCUCAACGAGGAGGAAGCGCAGUGUGAAGAACACUUUCAACGGACCCACUCACGAGAUGCAUCUGGCCGCUACAUUGUUCGGAUACCGCUCAAAUCUCCAGUUUCCUCGCUAGGAGAUUCACGAUCGUCUGCACUCGCUUGCCUCCAUCGUCUGCUCAGGAAACUCUCACGUGAUGAGGUUUAUCGUCAGCUCUACACGGACUUCCUCAGGGAAUAUGAAGAGCUCGGCCACAUGCGUCGAGUCUCCGGACAGCUCGCUAGAUCAGCUCAUCAGCGCCAGUUCAAUGGGGGGGGGGGCACGGGCAUCGAAAUGACCUUAGCACAUGAGGCCUUGGCUUCAGGAGGGUUCAGGGUUUCGGGCCCCCCGUGUUCUUCUCGGGCUGACGCUCCUCCGGAAUAUUUCUUCCCUCAUCACGGAGUUCUCAGGGCGAGCAGUGAGACAACGAAGCUCAGAGUUGUUUUCAACGGCUCCAACAAGACCAGCUCAGGACAAUCGUUGAACGAGAUUAUGCACACGGGUGAGAAGUUGCAGAAGGAUAUCUCGGAUGUACUUCUCUUUUCUCGGCGGAAACGGCUCAUUUUCAUGACGGACAUAACCAAGAUGUUUCGUCAAAUUCGGGUACAUCCGGAAGAUUGGCCACUCCAACAAAUACUCUGGACCGACUCAAACGGAGAUAUCGCCACCUAUCAACUCACCACGGUCACAUAUGGCACUAGGUCAGCUCCGUUCCUCUCAAUGCGUGUUCUUCAUCAGCUCGUUGAGGAUGAAGGAUCGAACUAUCCUCUCGCUGUGGAACCGCUCAUGAAAGGACGAUAUGUUGACGAUAUCUGCGGGGGUGCUGACUCAGAUGAAGAGCUACUCAGGACCGCUCAUCAGGUGACACAGCUCUGUCG